AUGGAGAUCGAGGUGCGAGUGGUGCGGGCGCGCGUGUGGUUGUCCAGCUCGCUGUUCCUCCGCCAGGAUGGCUUCUUGUCCCUCACCCGAGUCGGCAAUACGGAGCACGUCGCGUACGCAACCUUGCGCUCUGUGGAGGGAAAGCGCGGAGAUCAGUGCUCGCCUGCCAUUGUUAUUCGGGAGCAAGGACAGCAAAAAUGCUUUCGCAGUGUGACGAUCGGCUGGGAGGAACAAGCGACGGCUCCUGGCAACAAUUGCUUAAGGUUUUCUUUGUCUGAGGCCGCAGUGGCUGCAGGCGAUGGGCCAGUACGCCCCAAGAGCAGCACCGACCAGUUACCAGCUCUGCCUCGACUUGAUUUCCAGCUCUUCCUUCUAAGACCCCGCUCUCGUGGCGGGACGUCGGCACGCUCGCGACCGCAGACGGUGUAUUUGGGGACGAGCGGGUGGCAAUUGAGCGAGAAGGACGUUGAAGCGUUGGCCUCCUCUCGAGAAGUGGUGUUCCUGACAACACUGCAAGACGAUCUUGGUACUCUAGAGGUGAAGCUCCGGGACGUCACCUCGAAUGAGCCGAGCAGGGUUGGAGGACAGACAACAGCGAAGGACCCGGCUGUAGAUAGUGAAGCGGAUGCCCCCACAGGCUUUAACAUCAAUUGGAGCUCCAACGAGGCUCUGCAAAAGGACCUGGCUGAAAAGGCUCGAUUGAAAGCUGAAGCGGACAAGAAGCUCAUAGCCCAGUUGAAGCAAACUACAGCCAAGACAGCGAAGUUUCUGGAGAGUCGCGACAUCCUACUUGCUCACUUGCAUCGUGCUCGCGCCGCGUCUAAAAUCCAGCGCCAGUUUCGUGCACUGCUAUACAAGAAGCAGGAAGUCAUUGAAAAGCUGCAUCUGGAGGAGGAGGCUCGUAUCGCGGCGAAGAAAGCGCGAGUCCGCGAUAAGGUCAUCGAGCGCAAUCGCCAGCGAGCUCUAGCCAUGCGAGCGCGGCUUCUACAGCAUUUCGACAAUAACCACAGCAGCCAGGAUACAAGGCCGGAAAAUUCUAUGUCACUUCAAGAAGCGAAGCGGAUAACUGAGAUUGAGCGGACCAAGUUGAAGGAGCGACUUGCGGUUCUCGAGAUGCAGCGCCAACAACUCGCAGCAAGCUCUCACCGUAGAGCAGCUGCAAGUAACCAAAACUCGCCACAGCGUCGCAGCGAAAAAAAUUUCGACGACGACCUCGUCCGUGCCGUACAGCAAUUGCAUUUACGAUGA